GGCCAAGGGCACCUAAGGACGGCAAAGGACAGCCAAAGAACACCAAAUGACGGUUAGGUACAUCAAAGGACGGCCAAGGACACCUAAGGACGGCAAUGUAAACCUAGGGACGGUCAGGUACACCUAAGGACAGCCAAGGACGGCAAAGGACACCUAAGGACGGCAAUGGACACCUAAGGACAGUCAGGCACACCUAAGGACAGCAAAGACACAUUAGGACAAUCAAGUACAUCUAAGGACGGCCAGGGACACUCGACACCAUAGGACGGUACACUUAAGGACGCUCUCUAAGGUUGCCGGGGUGCAGUUCACAUAUAUUGUAUCUUGAACACACUUCACCGAUCAUAUGUGAAGUACUUACCCGAAUCUUCGAUGAUCGCUGGGAUGAUGCACUCAACUUUGAUGUUGUCGGCAAUUAGUAAAGCUCUGCUUAGAAGAGGGCCGCUGUUCAGUACUUCGGUGCAGCAUCAUAAAUCUGUCGCAGUGGUCUUAUCGGGUUGCGGUGUUUUCGAUGGAUCAGAAGUACACGAGGCAUCAUCUAUUCUGGUUCACCUGAGCCGUGCCGGUGCAGACGUCAGCAUUUACGCACCAGACAUACCCCAGAUGCAUGUUAUCAAUCAUGCGAAAGGGCAACCCUCUGAGGAAACAAGGAAUGUACUUCAUGAAUCCGCCAGGAUUGCAAGAGGAAAGAUCACAGCUCUGUCAGAGUUGAAUUCUGCGAAUCAUGAUGCAGUUGUUUUUCCUGGAGGGUUUGGGGCUGCCAAGAACUUGUCAACUUUUGCUACUGAAGGAGCAGAUCUUAAAGUUAAUGAUCAGGUUCAAAAGACCAUCCAGGAAUUCCAUUCAUCUAAAAAGCCUAUUGGGUUAUGCUGUAUUGCCCCAGUGAUUGCUGCAAAGCUGAUUCCAGGGUGUGAGGUGACAGUUGGACAAGACACCGACGAUGGAACUGGAAAAUGGCCAUAUGCAGGAACAGCUGAAGCCAUCACUAAGAUGAACUCAAAGCACAUUAACAAGAAUGUGGAUGAAAUCCAUAUUGAUUCAGCAAACAAAUUGGUUACAACUCCAGCAUUCAUGUGUGAAACAAGACUCCAUGAGAUACACGAUGGCAUAGGGAAAAUGGUGGAAGCCAUUAUGGAUUUAGCAAAUUAAGGAAAUCUGACGCUACAAAAGAAUGGACAAUAUGGACAAAAGAAAGAAUACAUGCCAGGAUUAUGUUGUCAUAGUUCACCUAAUUGCUCUAUAAAAUAAGAAAAUGUUUGA